AUGUCAUUUGCCGGCGUGUCUAUCGCCGGCAAUGGCGAGACCACUGGCCACGCCAUCAACGUCACAACUAACAGAGGGUACCACCUGCUUGUGGUUGACUGUACCAAAGGCACUAAACAUAAGAGCAUCCCCACUCGUUGUAUCCGCUCCCUCCCUUUCAUGGUAGGAGGCCAUCGUUGGUGCAUCCGCUACUAUCCUAAUGGUAACCGCGCGGCGUCUGCUGGAUGGGUAUCUCUCUUUCUGGUCCUUGAUGAAAAUAUUAUGGAGGCUCUGAAGGUACCUCCUUGUAGCAUACAUCAGCAUAUCAGCGACCUCCUCGUGUCCAAGGAAGGAACAGACGUGACAUUCAAGGUUGAGGGUGAAACGUUUGCAGCCCAUCGGUGUGUGCUGGCGGCUCGGUCUGCGGUCUUCAAGACAGAGCUCUUUGGCACCAUGAAAGAGGGCACAAUAUCAAGCAUCAUACAUGUGGAAGACAUGGAAGCAAAGGUGUUUGGUGCCUUGCUUAGUUUUAUUUACACUGACUCGUUGCCCAGGAUGGAGGUAGAUAUGGUAGAGGAAGGACAAGUUGAGGAAGCAUUGUGGCUUCAACACUUGCUUGCUGCGGCAGACAGGUACGAUCUCCGAAGGCUGAAAGUGCUAUGUGAAGAGAAGUUAUGCGAACACAUUGAUAUGAGCUCGGUGACUACUAUACUUACUCUAGCUGAGCAGCACAAUUGUCGUGGAUUGAAGGAGGUAUGCUUUGAGUUCUUAAAGACCCCUGCUAAUUUGAAAGCGAUAACAGCGGUUGAUGGUUUGGAGGACAUAACUAGAACUUGCCCCUCUCUUCUAAAGGAGCUAAUUACCAAGCUUGCUUCCUGA